CGGUUAAAGAUCAGUACACGAACGCACAGUCUCAGCCCAUCCAAUUCGUUCCGUCCGUGCAAGAGCACAAGCUAGAAGGGUGUGACCGGUAACUUAGGCAGGAUGCAGACGGCGAAGGUGAAGGUGAAGGACGCGGCGAGCUCAGCGAAGGAGAAGAUGAAGGAAGGGUCGGCCAAGAUGCAGGGCAAGGCCGGCGAGGCGACGGCGACCACGCACGGCGAGAAGGAGAUGGCCAAGGAGGAGGCCCGCGCCAAGAAGGACCAGGCCAACGCCGACAAGCACCAGGAGAAGGCCGAGCACCGCGCGGACUCCGCCGCCGGCCGCCACGGCACGGGCGUGCCCCUCACCGGGACCGGGACGCACGGACACCACGGCGCCGCCGGCGACCCCGCCUACCCAUCCGCCGGCACCACGUACCCGGCGUCGGGCAAGUACAUGUAAGCUAGGCGAUCGGUAGGGAUCGCGGUCGUAUACGUUUUUGUGUAGCGACCGGCGACCGAGCUGGGGAUCGAUCAGUGGGGUAGCGAGUGCAUGUAUGCUGUGCGCACGUGCACGCUGUGUCCUGGAAUAAUGGAAGUGUAUGCUCAGUCGUAGUGAAGCUUCGUUUCAGUUGUACUCAAAUCAUGUACUGUGUGGUGCUGUUUUUUAUGUAGAUAUCUUCAUAAGAAACAGGCCACGUCUACUUCUAAGCUUUA